CAUGGCCAAUCGAAGGGUCCAAUUCAUCUAACUCAGCAACCAAGGCGCAGAUUAAACGAAGCCCACUCGAUCUCCCAAACAGGUCCAGGAAACAUGUCUGAUGCGUUCUGCACCGACUGUAAGCGUCAAACAGAGGUGGUCUUCGAUCACUCGACUGGUGACACUGUGUGUUCUGAGUGCGGGCUCGUGCUUGAGUCCCAUUCCAUUGAUGAAACUUCCGAGUGGCGUAUAUUCGCGAACGAGUCUGCGGACAACGACCCGGUUCGUGUCGGUGGACCCACUAACCCGCUCUUGACUGACGGCGGCUUGGCCACCGUCAUAGCAAAGCCCAAUGGCACCUCCGGCGAAUUUCUAUCGUCGUCAUUGGGUCGGUGGCAGAAUCGCGGGUCGAACCCUGAUCGAGGGCUGAUUCUGGCUUUCAAGACAAUUGCUACUAUGUCAGAUAGGUUGGGACUUGUUGCGACCAUUAAGGAUCGGGCUAAUGAAGUAUACAAGAGGGUUGAAGAUCAGAAGUCCAGUAGGGGAAGAAACCAGGAUGCUUUGUUGGCUGCUUGCCUUUACAUAGCUUGUCCGGAAGACAAACCACGUACUGUAAAGGAAAUUUGCUCUGUUGCCAAUGGAGCUACCAAGAAGGAAAUUGGCCGAGCAAAAGAAUAUAUAGUAAAACAACUGGGUUUGGAGAAGGGUCAGUCAGUGGAGAUGGGAACAAUACAUGCCGGGGACUUUAUGAGGCGAUUUUGUUCUAAUCUUGGCAUGAAUAAUCAAGCGGUUAAAGCUGCUCAGGAAUCUGUUCAGAAAUCUGAAGAAUUUGAUAUAAGGAGGAGCCCCAUAUCAAUUGCUGCGGCUGUGAUAUACAUUAUAACUCAGCUCUCAGAUGAUAAAAAACCUCUCAAAGAUAUAUCAGUGGCCACGGGAGUGGCAGAAGGAACCAUCAGGAACUCCUACAAGGAUCUUUAUCCUCAUGUUUCCAAAAUCAUACCAAGUUGGUAUGCUAAGGAGGAGGACCUUAAGAAUCUUUGCGGCCCUUGAGUGGCCAUAUUUAACAACCUGGGUUGAGGAUGCCAAUGGAGGAUUUGGUGAUGUGCUUUAGCCCUUUAACUUCCUUUCAUGGGAUGAAAGUGCCAUUAUCAUUGUAAUUUGCCCCUCUGCUGUAAGCUACAUUGCCCAAUUUUUUGUGGUCCUAACUUGAGCUUUCUGCGAGGCCUCGUGCUAUCCAUGUAUAAAUUUGCAUGACCCUCGUGCAAUUUCGAAGGGUCGUUGAUGUGCAAAUGGUGAACAGUGAUCACAUUGGCAUCAAUAUCAAUUCAAUACUUAGUUAAAAGCUAUAUUUUUAGGUUC